CGCAAACUUUCUGGCCGGCGGGCGCAGGCGGCGGCGGGGCCCGGAUGGGCGCUCGGGGCGGCGGCCGCGGUGCCCAUGGACGCUAACCGCCCGGGCGCGUUCGUGCUGAGCAGCGCGCCGCUGGCCGCACUGCACAACAUGGCAGAGAUGAAGACGUCGCUGUUCCCGUACGCGCUGCAGGGCCCCGCCGGCUUCAAGGCUCCCGCGCUGGGCGGCCUGGGCGCGCAGUUGCCGCUCGGCACCCCGCACGGCAUCAGCGACAUCCUGGGGCGUCCCGUGGGCGCGGCGGGCGGUAGUCUCCUGGGCGGCCUGCCCCGCCUCAACGGGCUCGCAUCCUCUGCCGGCGUUUACUUCGGACCCGCGGCCGCCGUGGCGCGCGGCUACCCCAAGCCGCUGGCGGAGCUGCCUGGGCGUCCGCCCAUCUUCUGGCCCGGCGUGGUGCAGGGCUCGCCCUGGAGGGACCCGCGUCUGGCCGGCCCGGCGCAAGCCGGCGGGGGCCUGGACAAGGACGGCAAGAAGAAGCACUCGCGACCGACCUUCUCCGGCCAGCAGAUCUUCGCUCUGGAGAAGACUUUCGAGCAGACCAAGUACCUGGCCGGCCCGGAGCGCGCGCGGCUCGCUUACUCCCUGGGCAUGACCGAGAGCCAGGUUAAGGUGUGGUUCCAAAACCGCCGGACCAAGUGGCGCAAGCGGCACGCGGCGGAGAUGGCGUCGGCCAAGAAAAAGCAGGACUCCGACGCCGAGAAGCUGAAGGUGGGCAGCUCGGACGCGGAGGACGACGACGAGUACAACCGGCCUUUGGAUCCAAACUCGGACGACGAGAAGAUUACGCGGCUGCUCAAGAAGCACAAACCCUCGAACUUGGCGCUGGUCAGUCCGUGCGGCGGCAGCGCGGGGGACGCCUCAUGAGGA